AUGGACGACCUACCAGAGCUCGCAGAUGAUGGACAUAACUGGACAGCUUAUGGCAGCUGGGUCCUAAAUGCCAUUGCAGACGAAGGCUUGAUAGGGUUCCUACUCGGGUCUGAAACACGACCUAUGCAUCCAGCACAGCUGAAAGGUCGAGGUGAAGGCUGGACACCUCAGACCAACAAGGAACGAGACGAGGUCGCAGCAUGGCAAACCUCAGAUGAGUUCUGGCACAAGCAGAGCUCGAAGGUCAAUCUUCUAUUGAUCUUCGGAAUUUCGGACUACAUAUUCUCAUUCAUACUCCAUCUAAAAACACCCCUCGAGAAGUUCACCUACCUCGAGAAGCACUAUGGCUCAGUUACGAGACCAGAAAGCUGGAAAACGACUGAGGAGGACGCGCAAAGUGACGACUUGCAAAAUUGCCACUCACCCGUACUACACGAGGCUGAAGCAACCUCUCAGCAAACCAGUGGCAGCCUUCUCGGCCAGUCGGCUACUCAUGACAACAAAAAGGACAGCACAGAGCUGUCACUAGAGACUGUAGAAGUCACGCCUAGUCAGUGCAGACAAGUCGAAGCGUCAAGCAUCGACAUACCUACAGCAGAGGUCGAACACGCCCUGAAUGGGCACUCGGAGCUGGAGCUGGAGGGAGUGCCAUGCGAAGCAGGCAGCGGCUCAAUGGAUGAACUUGGAGAUGCAAACCCUAAGAUGUCAAGUGGCCGUACAGACGAGACCAGCACUACAGGCACGCGCAGUCAACUCGUCAUUGCCAACGUGACAAGGGAUUUACAUCUACUCAAACCCGGCAGCGAGACUUUCGAUCUCGCAAUCAAUUCUACUAAUCUCGAGAACACUUAUGCCAUCAAAACUACUUCGCAGAUGCCUGUCAAUCACGAUCAGCACAUCCAAACGUGCAGCAGUCUGAUCACCAACGUACCUGACCCUCCAUGCAUCCAUGUUGCAGCUCCAAACCCAUUCAUUGGACAAUCUGACCAAGUCUUUGGUACUUCGAACACAGAAAGGAAGUUAGCGCGAGCGCAAACGGUCAGCAAUGGAGAAAUUACCAUACCGCAUCCUCACGAAGCCCAAAUGGCCCUUUCGGAUCAGGCAGCGCUCACUAACGAGCCAAAAUGCCUCAAAGAUCUGCAAGAGGCCGAGCGACCCCACCCCGAACGAGAUCGCGCGCCUGCAGUGCGACAAGAGACCUGCAAAGGUCAGUGCACAUGGAAUGUCUCAAUUGAUGAGACCGGGGGUCUAGGCAAGCACGGCGGGGGUACCUCCCACUGGGAGGAUAGUCGAGAUGGUGGGAGAGCAUCGACGAAGCUGAAGAUAAGAGCAAUCAGCGUUCGAACGGCCGAGAUACGAGAUGGCUCACCAAAUGUAGUUUUUCGGCCACAGGAAGCCGACGACGAGCGCUACAGUAGCGGGAAGGACAGCACAACAAGCAGCAAUGCCGUCUGCUCGAACGGAGCAACAAAGAAGCUGCUGGCUGACAUCCGAAGUCAGAACGUUCGAAAACAAGAGGUAGAACGGCCGAACCACUUACCUGCACCACCCGAACCCCCUCUGGACCUAAUCGCGCAUAUCCGUAUACCAUACAGGGCUCGACGUCGAUGCGGCAGGAUCAAAGUAGAUCUACGAAGCGUCAGCGAAGCUCGCACGAAUGGAAACGCACACCAGGCAACUGGUAUUACCUUCGAAACCACUCGAGUUACCUUAUGGAGGCCCUCGCGACCUCUCAAGAUUCCUCUGGACGUUGCUAACGCCUACCUAUGGCAGGGGGUGCGCCCUAUAUCGAUGCGCGCCAUCGACGGCCCUCACGAACGUCGUACAACGCUCGCACAGCGAUGUGGCAAAGUCACGACGCGCGCACGAGUGGCGUAUUACCAAAACGGGAACGACGCGCAAGCACAGCCACGACGCGCACCUCACACUACGGACUCGAAGCUCAAUACACGAAUUACACUCGUUUAA